GCCGCCGGUGCCGCCGCCGGUGCCGGGCAUGGCCCAGCUCGGCGCCAUCGCCGCUCUCGCCCUCGGCGUCGCGGCCGCCGCGCUCCUCUCGGCCGUGCACAAGAUCGACGAGGGGCACAUCGGGGUCUACUACCGCGGCGGCGCGUUGCUGACCUCCACCAGCGGGCCCGGCUUCCACCUCAUGCUGCCCUUCAUCACGUCCUACAAGUCAGUGCAGACCACGCUGCAGACGGACGAGGUGAAAAAUGUCCCGUGUGGCACCAGUGGGGGAGUGAUGAUUUAUUUCGACAGGAUCGAGGUGGUGAAUUUCCUCAUCCAGAGCGCGGUGUACGACAUCGUCAAGAACUACACGGCUGACUACGACAAGGCUCUCAUCUUCAACAAGAUCCACCACGAGCUGAACCAGUUCUGCAGCGUGCACACGCUGCAGGAGGUUUACAUCGAGCUCUUUGAUCAGAUUGAUGAAAACCUGAAACUGGCCUUGCAGCAAGACCUAACCACGAUGGCCCCUGGAUUAAUUAUACAGGCAGUUCGGGUGACAAAGCCAAACAUCCCCGAAACAAUCCGGAGGAAUUACGAGCUCAUGGAGAGUGAGAAGACAAAGCUGCUGAUUGCAGCACAGAAGCAGAAGGUGGUGGAGAAGGAGGCAGAGACAGAGAGGAAGAAAGCUCUGAUCGAGGCAGAAAAGAUUGCACAAGUUGCUGAAAUAACUUAUGGACAGAAAGUGAUGGAAAAGGAAACAGAGAAGCGAAUUUCAGAGAUUGAAGAUGCUGCAUUUCUUGCACGGGAGAAGGCAAGAGCUGAUGCUGAGUGCUACACUGCAAUGAAGGUGGCCGAGGCCAACAAGCUCAAGUUGACCCCCGAGUACCUGCAGCUGAUGAAGUACAAGGCAAUUGCAGCCAACAGCAAGAUCUACUUUGGCAAAGAUAUUCCCAACAUGUUCAUGGACUCUGCAGGGAGCCAGAGCAAAUCUGCAGAGGGACUGGCAGAAGGAAUCCAGGAGGAGGACGGGGCAGGAGCCAGCGAGGACACAAAACUACUUCAUAACAUCAACUGAAAAGAAAGAUUUCUAUUCAUUUUAUAUCAAAAAAUCAUGAACUGGGAAAUUCCUUUUCGUUUUCCCCCUUUCCUGUGCUGAAAGAGAUGAAUCAGAUUUAAUCCUUUCAAUCUUUUGUAUGACAAUUAGACACAAGGACUUUGGUAUUUAUGGGGUGGGUUUUCUGGUAAUUUCUAAGCUCCACAAAUAGCUGCACCUCCCCAGCUCUUGGUCACACAGACCAAGGAUUUAGGAGAGGCUGUCAGGGCUAUCAGCUGGGUGGGAACCUAAUUUGGAAUUGGGUUGGUUCAUAGCUGCAGGUAAAGAAAUGCUGAGAUUUUGGAGGGAGGGGAAUUGCUGCUACAACUUGUUUUGGGUUUUUCUUUUUCCUAUUGAAAAUUCCAAGUACUUUUAUUUCAAUCCCCUCUGAAAAUAAGGUGCUAGAUUUUGUACACUACAGGUGGCUGCUGAGGUGAGCCCUGAGGGACAGAGGCUCAGCUGGAGCCCUGCAGGUUCCCACUCACGGGGAAAUCGAAGCCUUAGACCAGGUCACACAGGGAGUGACCCAAGCUCCUCAUUUUCUAUGUCCUAACUCUGCUUUCUUUUCCAUUUGUCAUGUUUUUGUAGGGCACAGGAGAGUUUUCUGAGCAGUUCAGCUGCUGGGGGAGGGCGUGGGCAGCAGAGUGCAGAGCUGGGUGGGAUUUUCAGUGAAAUGAUGGAAAUUGUCAUAGAAAACCAGGGAGGAAAGAAUUUUUGUCUCAGGGACCCUGACUUUACAAAAGGCCUUGCUGGGGAGGAGCUGCUGGAGUGACCAGACAGUUUUCCAGCUUGUUGUCUGCUCUGUGGGAGCAAUUCUGUCUAGUGUCUGACUAGAAAAAGGACCUUCACAUGAGCUGAAGGGAGCAGAACUCAGCUCCUGUGGGACGGGGGCUGAAUGGACCUGGUGGAAGGAGGAUUUCCUACUGGCCAAGGACAAACCAGGAUCCUGGAAGGUCAGGGGGCAGAGAAAAGCAGCUCUUCCUGAAUAGCCAAAGAUAGACUCCCCUUCUUCUCUCAGACCAAUGUACCAGAAUGUACCUUCCCCUCCAGAGAGCUGAUCAGCUCCUCACAUCCCACAUGCAAGGGGGGAACAGGGCUUUGUUUUCCACACAUGCAAAAUUUGAGGAUAAAAGUUCAGGCUUAGAGAGAUCAUUGGUGUUUU